AUAUUUGUAAAAUAUGAUAUACUAACUGAAUAUCUAACACUUUUCUCAGUUUUCUGGUUCGCUAUACUUGUAAAUGAAUAUAAACUAUACGUUUUAAUUCAAAAAAGUUCGAAAGAUGCAAAAUUUGGGCAAUGUUUAUAUCUGGGGGUCGCCCUUUGUUAUGAGCAGAACUGUGCGCAGAACCGGGUCAUGAUUCAUGAAAUAAAAUGUUCCGGUGUUAUCUUUUAAGACAAUCGUUCCCAGUACUCAUUAACGAUUUAAGCCUCAAAUGAUCUAUAUCCGCAACAAAGAACAAACAAACGCCGAGCCUUUUUUCAAAUCUUAUUGUUCCCCACCCCCACGAAGUAUUCCGGUUGUGUCAUCAUUGUGGUAAUAUGAUAGCAGCGGGGUUAGUUGCGUCUCUACAGGAUCACUUAUGAAUAUCAACUGGCGCAUUUCGCUCGCCUUUAUACAUCAAGUAUUGUUGAUCUGUAUUGAAGAUAAAACUGAAAAGUGACAUUUUCACUAUCUCGGCGUGUUGUCAAUGACAUCAAACGAGAUAUAUUUGUAGUGAAAUCGCGAUACGCUGCCAAGCGAGUGCAGUAAUUUGUUUUGUAAAGUCGGAGAAUAUAUUGUGACCUGAAUAUGAAUGGGUUUUAUAUCGUCCUCGUGUUUCUGUUGGUUUUACAUGCUAGAGUGAAUUCUAUGACCAAGAAUGGCAAGAAAACAUGUCCACAACUUACAAGUGUCAGUCAAAACAUCCCACAGACUUUAAUAUUGAAGAAUCCAACUCAAGGUUUGCAAAUUAUGAUAUUCAAACAGUACACGCUUGACGCUUAGUGGAGUAAUAUUUAGUACUCAAAGCGUCGCUCUAAACUUCAUCGAUGUAAAUGAGAUCUGAUUAUCGUGGCUUUGUUACAUGAUUUCGAUACCGUCUGUUUGUCUUAUAGGUCAUAAUUUGAAAAUAUGUCAGAGUAAUUUGACGUGUUGUUCGAAGCAAAUGGAAAAUGAAUUGUACAUGAAAAGCAGCAGGGUUCUAGAAGACGCUGUACAUAAGCAAGCGAAUGCUACACAUCAUUUUUUAACAACACAGGCGUCUCUAUUUGAUGGUAAGUAGGGGAAAAUAUGAAGUUUUAUUGCAAGUAGGUUUUUGUGUAAUAAAGGCAAUAAGGCAAUGGCCAAUGUAUGUGAACAGAUAGCCAUAUUAAUAAUGCCUUUAGCGUCAUUGUUAUAUUUAUACAUCAUAAAUACUUUAGUAUUUAGAAUUUUAAAUCAGUAUGUUGUUUGCUAUGUUUUUGGUUGAAUACAGUUUCAAUUUAUCAACAGUGAAAGCUGUUGUUAUGAGCUUUAGAUUUAUAGCUCCAGAUUGGCCGUACGUCACAAUUAUGUUGAAUGACCGCCUUUUGAAACUUUUUCUGUGUUCGAACUAAUCAAGCGUUCCCAAUGUGACAGAGAUUAAUAAUGCGGAAUAUUACCGCUAUAAACAUACAUGCCGUGGUACGAUUGUCUAUUUGAAAUUUCAUUAAACGAUAAGUUGUCAGUCACUCAUCGAAAUAUCACCCUUCAAUUAACUUUGAUGGCAAAAUGAUUCCACAGGCAUGUACUAUGUAUAUUGGCGACAUUACCGCGAAAACCACAAAAAACAUCACGGCCGAAUUUCCUGCGCUUUGCAGAUUAACUUUAAUCCUUGUGCCUGUGUAUUUUGACACGAAAUCUGUUUAUAUCAAAUAAGCCCUCCUGAGAUUUUUCACUGAUCCGACACUAUUCACUGGUUAGAUACAAAAAGUAAAUGACUAUCAUAUGGUAUAUGUGUUUAAUGAAAACAAGGACUAUAGCUGGCAUGUCCGCAGUUGUGUUGAAAAAUAAGGACAAACGUUUGGGAAAAUUACUAUCGUUUUCUUCCCUCCAUAAAUCAGUUUAUACAUAGACAUAGUGUAAACAUAACAAGGUAUGCCUUCUACAUUCCAAUUAUAGUUACUAACUUUACAAAUGAUUAUUGGAAUAUUGCGAGAAUAUGUACCUAUGCCAUAGGUUAUGCCUAUGGUCAAUAUCAAAGUUUGGGAUUUGAAGUAAUGCAGAUAAAUGCAUUUUUAUGUGUUGAGAUGGGUCGUGACUUUAUUUUCAUAUCACCAUUACCAAGUAUGUCAACAGUUUUAGUAGAAUGAAAAUUGGGUGAUAGAAUACACAAAUUUCCCCUGAUUUGCCUUGGGUUAACCGUCGUUAAACCUGAUUAGUUUUUAAUUUGAUGUUUUGUAUCAAUGGACCUAACCCAGGCUGAACACAAGUGAAUUUAAACCCUAUUCCAAGGUAAUUAAAUAUAUAAUUUUGUAUCGGUAACAUUAUAUUCAGGUGCAAAUGAAAAGCACAUUUUAUUGUAUCAAGUAUUUGUAGGUAAGAUUCAUGACCAUUCAUGGCUACCAUUUUUUAACAUAAACUUUAUUUCAUGGUUGAUGGAAACAUGUUUUCCCACAAAAACACUUGGUAGUAUAAUUUUUUUAGCUUUUGUGGUUUGCAACAUCAACCAGUCAAAAGGACUGACCAGCCUGAAUCUUCUAAAUAUUUACAAUGAGUUUUACUACGAUUUGUAUCUUGCAUCCUACUAAGCCUAAGAGCAUCAGAAUUUGUUGUGUAUUAAUUAAAAUGUUGAACUUACAACUUGAAUAUACAAAGAAUAACUACAGGCUCAGAUUGUAUUGAAAAUAUACAACCAUAAUUUUGCCUUAGAUUGGGCACUGUUUGAAUUGGUACAAGGUCAAUCAUUUAAAUUUUUAAUUUAUGGCUAUGAAGGAUAAGUCAAUAAUGAAGUUAGUAGGCAAAUAUUGUUUCGACGUUUUGGCUGCUUUUGAUAGCCUGGUCUAAUUACUCAUGUGUGCGUGUGUAUGUAUGUGUAUUUAUGCAUUUAUCAACUUUUUUCAUAUAUAUGAAUAUCUAUGUUAUUGUUAUAGACCGUAACGACUUAUUUAGUUAUUUACCCAUGUAUUCUAUGUCCCAAUAUUGGGAUCUUGUUUGAAUAAAUUAUUAUUAUUAUUUAAAGCAAGAGGUGUUUUUACUCUUAAAUGAUUGUACAAGUAUUUUUGGACUACCUGAUGUUACAUGUCAAUGGGAGAGCACUGGUACUCAAUGGGGAAUCAGACUAUCUGCCCAUGCAUGUAUCUGGUUAACCCAACAAUUGCAUUGUGCCCAUUAUUUUACUCUGUCUAAUGCCAGACGAUUUUUGUCAAGGGGAAAACACUGGUACCCAUUGGGUUAAUUGGGAAUCUUGAAAAAGUCUAGGGAAAAGUAGUUGCUCACUAGAUUGGCCAAGUAUAAAGUAGGUUUACUGUAGUUUUGACUCACAUCCUAGCAGAAAGCCAGAAACAGCUGACUAGUUAUGGAAAUAAAAUACAAUUAUAAAACAAAAACUGAAAAAUGUAAACAUCUUGAACAAAAGUAUGCACUACAAGAACACCUAACUCUUGGGUUUUCAAGACAUUUUUUUGUUGCUUUUAUUUUAUACUUUAUUUCCUGACUGAAAUUUACUAAUACUGGCCACAGCUAACCCCAUUGAGAUGGCUAUGGGGGAAGGUAUAAGCUGGAAUUAAUUAAAUCAGUAGAAAUGUCCUUGAAUUGGUAAAAUAUUUUAUACUUUAUUUCCUGACUGAAAUUUCUUUGCAAACCACAUGUAGAAUGGAAGUUGCAUUGUAACUCAGUAACUACUACAUAUUCUAUUGUUUUAACAACCCACAACCACAGAUGGUUCUUAUUCAUUUGAGAAUUGAGGAAGAAAUUUGUGCUCCCAAAACAGGGUAAAAGUUAGGACAGUUCAAAGACAAAGUGAAUGAACUUUACCCGCAUUUGCAGUUUGAAAUAUGAAUGAUUUUGUCAGGAAACAGGAUGGUUUUACAUUUGAUUACUCCAGUGAAUAAUUUAUAAAAUUUUAGAAAUUAUAGUAUUGUUCAAUAAUUUGGCAUUAGUUUGACUUUCUUUAUAUAUAUAUAUAUAUAUAUAUAUAUAUAUAUAUAUAUAUAUAUAUAUAUAUAUAUAUAUAUAUAUAUAUAUAUAUAUAUAUAUAUAUAUAUAUAUAUAUAUAUAUAUAUAUAUAAUGCAGGUUUAAUUGGUUCAUUGCCCGACGGGAAAAUGACAACAUGCUUUUAUAGUACAUGCUAUAAAUAGUUAAUAGGGACUCUUCUAAGUCUAUACUCUAUAGUCUCGUGUAUAUCUAAUAGUAGAUUGUGUUCGAUGCUCUAGAGUCUAGGCAAACUAGGAAACAUUGUUGUGGAAACGUAGUAAAGUUUUGUUGAAUGUUUUCUUUGAGCUAACUCAUUUAAAACCGAAUAUAUCCACUUACAAAGAAGUCAAGACAAGGAAACUUUCAUCGUGAAUACUUUUGUAAUUUGAGCGCAGGAAACACUAAUUUCCUGAAUUUUAAACCCUUAAUGUAAAAACGUUAUUAGGUAUUAUAUGACAUUGGAAAGCAUUUGUUAUCAAUCGAGUAGUUUCUAAACAUGGUUUUCAUUCUUUGCAAAACCCUGCACCCUCUUUCCAACAGAAAAUAAACGUUGUGAAUUUUGGGCAGAAAAUCGUACCAACAUAAUGAUUCUUAGUAACUUCAGAUGACAAAUAUAAUCCAAAAUUAUUAAUUAAAAAAACUUUUUAAUAAAUGGAUACCUCGUGCAAUAAUAGAUUCAACUUCCACCCCUUUUGCGAAGCCUUUUAUCAAAAUUUAUGUUUUUGUCAGUGUAGAUAGUUUAAGUGAGUUUAGCAUAGACAUAGUAAUAAUGUUUACGAUCGUUUGAAUAGAACUAAGAUUAAGAACAUGUUUUGAAAGUUAAGAAUAUCUUGAGUGCGGCCCUGUGGUUGUGGUGUUACAGUGUAGGUAUACAGUUCGUGAUGAACAAUAAUCAAUAUUCUUGAUUUUUGAAUGAAAGAUUUAUGAUCUAACCAAAAAAAAUGAAAAGAACUCCGACGUUUCAAGGGAAGGCCCUUCGUCUGGAAAUUUGUGAACUCACCAACGCAACAGCCAAACGAAGCCGAAGGGCUUUUGCUUGAAAAGGCUUAUCGUUUAAUAUGGCAAUAUAGGACGCCUUGCAUUGCGUUGCAUGUGUAAUUACAUUGGCCAUUGCAUUGCAUUACAUUACAUUACAAAACAUAUAAAAGCGUGUGUUUUCGACAGAUCCCGAUACAAGCCUAGCCCUAGUUUUCAUGUUUUGUGAAAACCAUGCUGCAUGUAGUAAUUUUUGAACAACGAAUGUUGUUUUCUAUGACUAUAUGAACAACAAAUGUUAUUUGUUGUUGACUGAUGUUUUGACUUUUGUAUAUUACUUUCUGUUCAUACUUUAUUCACUUUAUUCGAGAUUAGGUGUUGGAUUGAAACAAUAUUAUAAUCAAUAGAUUUCCUAAUAUCUAUGCUAUUAAUUAAAUAACAUUUCAGAAUAAUAUUCGCGUGAUAUGUGCUCAAGUGGCUCUCUUGAGAUAAUGUCAGUUGAAACUGGAGUGCAGAUGUUGAUGUCGUGAUGAUCUUGUUAUUAAUCAUGACUUGUUCAAUCUCAUUGUCGCAGUCAAUUUUGUGUAGACCGCGAUAUACCGUGCACUGGUGCAAUAGUUAAUCUGACACUCUGACAUUAUUAUUUCCAAUCCAUAACUUAUUAGCAUACAACGUAACAAUAUAUUUGCUUUCCUGACCAUAACUGGUGCUGUGCAGGAAAAAAUAAACACAGUCACAGGAACUAACGAGGGAACUGGCAUAUUUUAGUAUACAUGCACUAUAUUAAGCUGUAUGUACAUGCAAUAAAAGAAAAUUGUAUGUGCAGUCCUGAAAGAAAAUCAAGCAUUUCGUGACAAGCACUAAAAUGGUCUAAUAUUUUACAUAAAGAAAUCUUUCUGUGUUCUGUGAUUUGGCUCCCGCAAAGUGUAAUAUCCCCCCUUAAAUAAGAAUAAUGAUUGACGUCGAUCUUACAUGCAUACAGAUACAUAUUAGGUUCUUUUUUGUUUAUAAACAUGCAUAUUAAGCCAUUUGUAACCUUAUAACAUGUUUUCUAUGUGUUUCUUAAAAUUUUACGAGGCAACCAAUCCUGCCAAGAUUAAUUAAUAGAUUUUCAUUUGAAAAAUCCUUAGCGACAGCGUUACAGAUUCACUCAUUUAGUCAACCAGAAACAGGAUUUUAACAGCUUAGUUAUAAGUAAAUUCAUCAUAACAAAUUACAAAUCAUUAUGAAACUUUGCGCGCAAUUGUUUGGUUGUAAAGUAAAGGCAAGGGUUUUAGGAUGGCCUUGGACGUGAAUGACCUUCUACUGUUCUAGAACUUUCUCUAGCAUUUGCUUAAUUUUUAGUGGGAAAAUGGUAUUUGGACCAUUGGGAAUGGGAUUAAAUAUAUCAUUUGCACUAGCAAUUUUCCUGUUGAGAAUGGGAUUUGGCAAAUCCAUGGUCGAGUGAUUGGGAUUCACACACAAAAUUGUUUCUGGAAGCAUAGGGUUGCCCCCCCCCCCCUCUCUUCACGACCUUUUAACUAUGUUGUUAUAAAAUGUAUGCACAAUAGGAACUUUGCCAGGAUUGAGAUGCCUAAUUAUUACAUUUACAUAUAAAGAGAUCUCCUAAAUAUAUCUUUGCCUUUGGUGAUACCCAAAUUUUAUUUAAUUUUUUGUUGUUUUCGUUCUCCUAAUUUGGAAAAUUUUAAGGCAGGACUACAAUACUCCAAUAGUGUUUUAAACCAACACACAAUUGUAACAUGACAGUUGCGAUAUUGCAGCUACAAUUCUGGUUUAAAAUUCCUUGAGACACCACAGCAUGUAUUUGCGUCUUAUUAUAACAGUUUUUCCACCAAAAGUUAAUAUAACGAGAAAUUAUACUGUGCUCUUUCUAAGCGUCCACGUGCAGUGUUGAUUUACAAACAUGGUCAACUGAAAAUUUGGAAUUUUCAACAUUGCAUAUAGGGGAGAGUAGGUGUUGUCUUUAGUAUUUGUACUUAGAAAUUGUUAGAUGUCCAAAAACGUUUGUGGCUAGGGUGUAGAGAAUUUGUUUUACUGCUAAACUUCUAAUUUCCAUACACAGAAGGAUUCUAAUUACCAGGUUUAUCAGUAUAUUCGUCACAAUUUCCUCUACCUUCUCAUAAGAAAAAUAACGUAACAUUUUAUAUUCUAUCUUCCAGGUUACCUCAAGAAUCUGAUAAAAACAGCGAAAGUGAAAUGGCAUGACAUGCUCAAUAUAACCUACAAAGACAUGUAUCUACAAAACCGUCAUAUUUUUGAUGAUUUUUUCUCCACCUUGGACGAGUAUUACGUGAAUGGUGAUAUCGAUCUUGACAGAUCUUUCAAUCUGUUUUUCCAGCGAAUUCAAACUACGAUGUUUAUUUUAAUAUCCGAAAAAUUUGGCGGUAAACUAAGUCUAGAAUUCUUAAACUGUACAUCAAAACGUGUCGAUAAAAUCAAACCAUUUGGACUCUACCAGCGCCAAAUUUCAAGUCAAUUGAAAUCAUCACUUGUCAUGGCUCGAACAUUUGUUCUGGGACUUCAAGCUGGUAGCAAUGUUACAGCAUCGAUCAUUAGUUAUCUGUCACGAAAUGAGUGUAGAGAAGGAUUCACCAAGAUUCAACAAUGCUCAGUGUGUGAAGGAAUACCAGAUGCUAUGGUGUGUAAUGCAACCUGUCAUAAUCUUCUUCAGUCCUGUUUCUCACUCGAUCCACUCUUUGAUACGUAUUGGAAUAAUUUUAUUAGAGGUUUAUACGUAUUAAGUAUUGGACUGGAUGGUCAGUAUGACAUUGAAGCUGUUUUUGGACAGCUCAGUUUCGAUAUCUCAACUGCCAUCAUGGAGUUCCAGAGUAACUACAUUCAAGUUCUCGCAAAGGUUUGUAAUCGAGCACUGAAUUCAAUUGAUGUACUUCCACUCUUCAUGAGAACAUUUGCUCGAAUACUGUUGCUGCAAAAUCAGGCUGGCUAUUAAGGACUAAGUAAUGAUAUAGGAUGAAUCCUGCCAUAUACAAUCGAAUUUAUCCAACCUCGUCCCCAGGCUCUUACAUCUUGUGGAAGAAAAAACCUGGUAGGAGCUGGUCACGUGAUCUGCUAAAAUCUAGCUGAUUUUUAAUUGAUGAUGAUGUUCAAAAAAUAUUUGAUAUUUAUACUUUAAUUUUGUUUUGCAUUGCAUUUUGUUUUGCAAGUUUGAUUUGAUUUUAAAGGAAUCCAAUUAGAAAUUUGCGACUGGUCACGUGAUAUGCUAAAAUCUAGCAGAUUUCUAAUGGACCAUUUGCAUUAUAGACUAAAUUUUGGUCUAGACAAAAAUUUCAUCACAGCUUGAAAGAGCAUCACAAAAUUAGUAAUAUUCCAAAGUUUCGUUGCGAAAUGUUGUAAAAUGCGGAUAAUAUAGCCUUGCGAAGUUUGCCGUUUUUCAGUCAUUUUGUAUUACGCAAUACGCACGGGAAAUUGACAGCCCAAUCGGGUGUUGGGGCAUCAAUUUCCCGUUUGUAAUACAAAAUGACUGAAAAUUGGAAAUUUUGCAAGGCUAUAUUAUCCGCAUUUUACAACAUUUCGCAACGAAACCUUGGAAUAUUACUAAUUUUGUGAUGCUCUUUCAAGCUGUGAUGAAACUUGGCAAUAAUGCAAAUUGCAAGUUAUAAAUUAAAGUAUAAAUAUCAAAUUUUUAUCAGCUAAAAAUCAGCUAGAUUUUAGCAGAUCACGUGACCAGCUCCUGCCAGGGUAUUUCCUCCACAAGAGGCAAGAGCCUGAGAACGAGGUUGGAAUUUAUCUAGGCUUAGGAACGCCACAUAUUGUAACAACAAUUAAUAUCAACAAUUGUGAGUGAAGAAAAUAAUUUUCUCAUUGUGCAGCCGAUAUGACGUUUACGAGGUCAUGCGAAAAAAACACCAUGAGUUUGAAAAUUGUUUUGGCUUUCUAUACAGUAAUUCCCCGCAAGACGCUACCUCUCUCCUCCGCAGAGGUUAUUCACCCUAUCAGGUUAUUCUAUAAAUAACAUCUGCGGAGGAGAGAGAGGCGCUACUUUGUGUUCCAUUUUGUAUUCUAAGAUGCACGAGUUAUAAAUUCUUUUAAUGUCUUGAGAACUGAAAUUAUGAAAUUUUCAUUUGUAGGCACAACAGGAAUGCCCCACUGGAAGUAGAAAGAAGCGAGCAAUAGAUAAAACUGGAAGUGACCUCUACUUAGAAGGAGAACGAGUUCGAAGAAGCUCAGUCUCAGAUUUAUUUUCACUUUCUUCACCAAAGCAACUACCAACUUACCCGUCUCUUGACAGGUGAGAAAUUUUAAAUUUUAUACACUCAUUUUUUCUUUUUCGGAUUUACAUCGCUACAAAUCAUCACGUGAUGAACAUGUACCAAAACCAAAGUGCAUGAAUUUUGGUUUUUGCUUUGUUAUUAUUGCUGCAAUAUUACCGCUCACAUGAAUUGUACAAUGCAAACUGUUUUGAGUGAAUUGAAAAAGUGUGGUUAAGGUGUUGGUGAACUGGUGGGCUUGUAUAUAAGAGUGGCUUUAUAGGUUUUAUACGCUGUAACAUUGGUACGUGUCUAUUUAAUUUCACUAAGGUUAACGACCGCCUUCCGAAAGAAAUUGGAUGGGAUAAAAGAUGCGUGGAGACAUCUACCCCAAAAAGUUUGUGGUGGACAAACUUUCGUCUCUCGCGACCGUAAUGAAAGUUGUUGGAAUGGAAUAGACAUGCAAAAGUAAGUAUUAACAUUGUAAUAUAUUCACAUUUACUCACAUUGACAUUCUUGCAUGGAUAUAUAAGGACAUCUAUUAAUAAAUGACUUUAGCUAGGGAGGGGCUAAACAUAUAUAUAUAUAUAUAUAUAUAUAUAUAUAUAUAUAUAUAUAUAUAUAUAUAUAUAUAUAUAUAUAUAUAUAUAUAUAUAUAUAUAUAUAAAAAUAUAUAUAUAUAUAUAAAUUGCACUGCAUAAUAAGCGAUAUACUGUUGAUUUAUUUCAAGUUGAGUUAUAUCAGACAAUAUUAGGUUUACAACCUGGUUAUGUCACUACGUAUAAGUGAAAAUAUACAGGCCAUUCGAUGUGUGUGUACUUGAUGACGCGUACUUAUACUGUAUGUACUGUACUCAACAUAUACCGUAUGUUCAUGUGUGACGAGUGCAGGUAUACGUAAAGCACGAGUCGGCAAAAGUCCAGUUUGCCUGUAAAUCUGUUGGCAUGAUCAAAAACGCCCAGCGUUGGGAAUAGUCUGAGGGGAUGUUACCUAUUGUGAUGUUACUGGCGGCAUGCGUUUGUCCUAUUGAGUAACUGCUGCGCUACAUGCAGUGCGCUUAUCCAACUGAUUGAUUCCUUCGUUUUCUAUUUACUUCAACGACUAUUUCUCACAAUCACACACAAAAAUGUAAAUAUCUUUGUGUAUAACUUUGUGAAAAAAAAGUGCAGUUGAACAUCACAUUUUGAUUAGUAUAGAUCGUUUUAAUUUGUCGUCAGUAAGGAGUACGAAUUUUUAAAUAGUAUAUAGACCGACUAUAUAUAGAUUGCUAUGUCGUCAUUCGUUUGUAUUAAUAUUUUAUUGAUAUAAUAUAUUAUACGAUUUACCUAUAUCGUAUUAUAAAUGGCAUGUAAUGAUUUUUUUAGGAAUUCAGGAAAAGUUCCAAGUAUUAAACUGGAAAAUGGUAAUCACCAUUCACGACGGCUAAUUGUGGAACAAUUGUUGAACUUGAAAGAUAUUGGGAAUGAAUUUAAUUUAGUAAAUCCUAGUAUUCCAGUAGAUCCAGUAGAUCCAGUAGAUCCUGAUGAAGAUCUAGGGAGUGGUAGUGCUAGUGGUUCCGGAUCUGGAAGUGGUGAAUCGGGAUCUGGUGUCCCAGAUACAACUGCCAAGAUCACUUAUGUGUUUACGAGACCUUCACCGUCUACUGAUAAAAUCCCCUUACCUGUUUCUACAACAGAUCAAAGUACGUCGUCUACUGAUGAUGGUAUGGAAGGCUCUGGCACAACAUCAUAUAACAAGUACACUACAACUACGAUAUAUGUAAAUGAAGCCACUACAGAUGAUGAAGAAUUAGGUCCGUCUGGUUCUGGGGAUAAAGAAACAACGGAUCCGAUCCCGACCACCGAGCCCAUGUUUCCUCCAACAAAAAAUAAUAGUACAAAAAUUUUUUUACUAUCAUUAACUACAGGAACUAUACCUGUGGACAAUGGUUCUGGCAGUAACAUGAUGUCAUACGUUUUCUUACUGCUUGUGACACUUGUAGGCCUCAUGAAUAUGUAAUUCAAAUCUCUCUCUUAGCGCUUUUGCGGUUCACGACUGUUCUCUAUUAGACGACCUGCAUCUAAGCAUUUAUAAUACAGUUAUGCAAAUUUGUACUCGUAUAAGAACCUGAAAUCUAACUGGUUAUAUGCAGAUGAAUAUUUGUUAUGAUGAAGUGCUCAUCCAUCCUUUGGGAUUGUUAUACCAAAAUAUAGGCUAUAGUAUCCAAUUUUAAAGGCGAAGGUUUGAAGCUUCUUGUGGUGAUUGUUUCAUAAACGCGCAUUGAGUUAAAUAUUGGAUAGCAAAAGCAUCUCAUGACUAUACACAAAAGUCCUGUGUGAGCAAAAUAUUAUUCGCAUUAAUAUUACGGAAAAUUAUAGGGGUAGAAAAAUUAAAUAUUGACAUGUAAAACAUAAGAAUAUUAUAAUCUUAAAGUAAGAUAAUUACAGUAUUUUACUAAUAUGCUGCCUAUAGCCUUUGUACUUUAUGAUCUCGUUGACCGCUCAUUACGAAAAGGCUGGUUAGUUUUUCAGGUUGAAGGAUGGUGCAGGUUAAUGCAAUAAUCAAGAUGGCAUUUGGCAUUUAACUUACCAAUAUACCUGCCAAUAAGCAUUUGCUAUUUUUUUGCUAUUUUUGGUGUGACGAAAAAUUGAUUAUUAAGCAAAGGCAACCAAUAGGGAAAAAUGAUGAGGCUAUUCGUUCUUUAUGUGCUUAGAUGCAGGUUAAAUAAUAUAUUAUAACGAAAAAGGAAGCUGGUAAUAUCAAUAAAACGUAUCAAGUGUGUGGUUUUAUCUCUGUACAUUACAAAAACACAAUCACUUGAAAACAUUAUUUAGGGAACUUCCCAUUUUACCAUUAGUAAUGUUGUAUUAUAUAUAUACAUAUAUAUGUACUAUUUAAAACAUGAGCAGCAGUGUUUUAUCAGAUCUUUAGGUCUGAUAAAACACGCACUGCGAAUGUUUUAAAUUGCUUCAAAAACGAUCGAUCUAGUAAAUUAAUUGGCGAAGUAAUUUUCAAAAAAUACGUUGUGUAAGUCGAGAAAAUCAAAGUUACAGUUUAUGUAAAUCAAGGGAAAUCUCUACCACAUAUAAAGAUACGACACGCUGCAAAUUUUUCUAGUGUUUUCCUCGUGAAUUAUUGAGUUUUUGAAAUAUAUACAUAUAUACCGCGUAAGUGCCACAAAAUGAAUCUUUACUAUUUUUAAGCUAACUUUUAAAGCAUUCUUUUUCCUCAUUUUGUAAUAUUCAACAAUAUUUUACAAGUAUAACUGUAGUGUAGAAGCAAGUAUUUGCAAAUGUAGUAUAGUUUUUAAUCGUACUUAAAUUAAAAUAACAUACAACAA